AUGGCCCCUACGAACGUGACCUUAAACAAGAACGGCAUCCCGCCCUUCGAGUCCCUCCCCCUCGGCAAGGACGACCCCAGAUACUCCGCCUGGGGUCUCUACGGCCGUGAAGACGAACUCGGGACCCUGAACAGACUCACCGAUGAGCGCGUCGCGGCAGCAGCCAAGAGCGAAAUCAAGACAGGAGCCCGCGUCUCCUUGAACUGGUCUCUCACAGCCCAGCCCGAACCCUUCUUCGCCCGCCGCUCCUUUCACCUCGAACUCCAGGUCAAAGCCCCUUUCCUCGCCAACGAUGACAUCUGGACCUUCAACUCGCAAUCCUCAUCUCAGUGGGACGGCCUCCGCCACUGUGGCUAUCAGGAAGAGAAGCGCUUCUACAACGACGUGACCAUGGAGCAGGUCCAUGCCGUUGACGAGAACGGGAAAUUGUCGACUGUCAACGGCAUUCAAGCCUGGCAAAAGCAUGGCAUUGUAGGCCGUGGCGUGCUGGUAGACUACCACUCCUGGCGCCUCUCUCAAAACAUCUCCUACGACCCUUUCGCGCACGACUCUAUUCCAGCCUCCGAGCUCAAGGCCUGCCUGGAAGCUCAAGGAACGGAGGUCAGAUUCGGCGAUAUCCUCAUCGUACGCACAGGCUUCAUGGCAUCUCACGCCUCAAAGUCCGCCUCAGACCUUCAGGUCUACCGCGCUGCCGAACCCCAAACCUUCAGUGGCGUGGGUCAGUCGGAAGAGGCCCUGCGCUGGAUCUGGGAGAACUUCUCCGCCGUCGCGGGAGACCAGCCGGCCUUUGAGUGUUGGCCACGCAAGGACCCGCAGUACUGGAUGCACGAGAUCCUCCUUGGCGGCUGGGGCAUGCCGAUCGGUGAGCUGUUUGACCUCGAAGCUCUGGCUGAGAAGUGCAAGCAGGAGAAGAGAUGGAGCUUUUUCGUGUCCAGCGAGCCCUGCCAUGUGCCGGGAGGUGUUGCCAGCCCACCGAAUGUUCUCGCCAUUUUCUAG